AUGGCUCCCACCAUGUCUCUUUCCCGAAGUGCUUUGAAGAAUGUGCAUCUGCCGUAUAUGGUUCAACACCCCGAGCCGACUGAUUACAGUACUGCCAUGAAGCAAGCUGUUGAAGGCUACGACCGUGCCAGGCAAAUGAUUGCAUUCCUCUUCGACAUCCUGGAUUACGAGUCGUCCGUUCCCCAGAAGUUUACACUCGAAGAGAAGAGGGAAAAAUAUACUUGGAGCCGCUCGGGCGGAUUCCCUCCGCAUCUCGCUAUCAUCCCUGAAGCGGUAGCCGUCCCCUCCUACGUCAUUUUCAGCCCAGUGCGCCUUGCUCAAACGCUGUCGAUUCUGAGUGGAAUUCAGUCCAACGAUCGCCUCGCACCGGGCCCCGAGCAGAACACAAUGGAGAAGCUGACCAAAUGGAACGCGGAGAGACAUAAGAACCAGGGAGGGAUAAAAAAUAUGUAUAACGAACCGAACAUUGGGUUGAGGGAUGAUUGGUACACCGACGCCGUCUUCGCCCAGCAAUUCUUCACCGGCACAAAUCCUACGACAAUCACCCUCGCCAGCGAUACGUGGAUGAAGGCGUUCACGGAGGAGGCAGCGUCUCAAGGGAAACGUGACGUGAUUUCCCUGUUCAGAUCUGCUCCUCCCAACUCGUUCUACGUUCAGGAUUUCAGCGACUUCAGGGCUAGGAUGGGGGCAAAACCCGACGAAGAACUAUGUGCCAGCUCGGACGGCGGCGUCAAGCGGUAUGCUUGCGCGGCGGUCGCGCUGUUCUACCUCCCCCCAACUGGAGAAUUGCAUCCAUUGGCCAUCAUCCCCGACUACAAAGGCAGCAUGACCGCCUCUAUCACUCUUUUCAACAAACGUGUCGAUCCAUCCGACGCAUCCGUAGACCAGGCUAACGACUGGCCAUGGCGCUAUGCCAAAACAUGUGUCCUUUCUGCGGAUUGGGUACUCCAUGAGAUGAUCAUCCAUCUCAACAACACACAUCUUGUAGAAGAGGCGGUGAUCGUAGCUGUGCAACGCACGCUCCCCGAUUCGCACAUCGUUUUUCGGCUUCUGGAACCCCACUGGGUCGUCACCUUGUCCCUCAACGCACAAGCCCGCAGUGUCCUCGUUCCCGAAGUCGUUGUCCCAGUCGCCGGGUUCAGCGAGCCUCGUAUCUUGCAGUUCGUUGGACAAGCGUUCACCAACUUCGAUUGGAAAGCCUUGUAUGUCCCAACAGACCUCGAAUCCCGCGGAUUUCCACUCGACCGACUUGAUGACGAUAAAUUCCACAAUUACGCGUAUGCGAGGGAUAUCAAGGACAUGUGGAUGGCAUUGAGGAAGUUCGUGUCGUCUGUACUCAGGGAUGGGAAGUAUUACCCGGACAAUAGCGCUGUGGCUGCCGACGCGCAAAUUCAGGAUUGGUGCGAUGAAAUGCGAUCUGAGAAGGGGGCUGGGAUGAAGAAAUUCCCAGAGUCGAUCUCCACGCUCGACGACUUGAUUGACAUGGUCACCAUGUGCAUUCACAUCGCAGCGCCUCAGCACACUGCCGUCAACUAUCUCCAGCAAUACUACCAGACGUUCGUACCCAACAAGCCAUCGGCAUUGUUCUCCCCACUCCCCACUUUGUUGUCCCAACUCGAAAGUUACACAGAAAGCGACUUGAUGGCCGCCCUACCUCUUGGGGCUAAACAAGACUGGCUCCUCAUGGCACAGGUUCCAUAUCUGCUAUCCAAGGAAGUCGAACAAGAUGGUAAUAUCGUCACCUACGCUGGCACGGCUUCAAACAACGAAGACCCAAUCAUUGCGGCCGCAGGCAAAGAGUUAUCGGCCGAUCUGGACAUUCUUGCGGGCGUUUUCUUGAAGAACAGCGAGAAAUUAGAUGAUCAGAACACGGCGUACAAUGUUCUUGCACCUGAUCAACUCGCGAAUGCGAUUGUGAUUUAG